AUCAUAUAAAUAGACAAUAAUAACUUACUUGCAUACGCAAACAAGGAAUACUAAAUGGAGGCUGCAAAAAUACCCAAAAGCUUAUUGGAAAGUGAUGAGUUAUACAAGUACAUCAUGGAAACUAAUGUUUACCCUCGUGAACAUGAAGCCUUGAAGCACCUUCGAGCUGUUACUGCCACACAUCCACGGGCUAUAAUGGCUACAGCGCCUGCUGCUGGUCAGAUGAUUUCGAUUUUGUUAAAACUCAUUGGUGCUAAAAAGACAAUAGAAAUCGGGGUCUUUACAGGUUACUCGCUGCUUUUAACUGCGCUAGCGAUCCCUAAUGAUGGCAAGAUAGUCGCGAUAGAUGUGAGUCGGGAGUUCUACGAGAUUGGUCGACCAGUGAUAAAAAAUGCUGGGGUGGAGCACAAGAUUGAUUUCAUCGAAUCAGAGGCUAUACCGGCUCUUGAUAAAUUGCUUGAAAUACAUGGCAAUGAAGAAAGCUUUGACUAUGCUUUUGUUGACGCCGACAAAAUAAACUACAUCAACUAUCAUGAGAAAAUCAUGAAACUCUUGAAAGUGAAUGGGGUCGUUGUGUACGACAACACACUCUGGUUUGGGUCAGUUGCACAUCAUGAAGAUUCAGUCGAGGAAAGACUUAGAAACGGGAGAGCUAGCACCGUCAAGUUUAAUGAAGCACUUGCAAAUGACCCUCGUAUCGAAAUCUCUUUGGUUCCUUUGGGCGAUGGCAUCACAAUUUGUAGACGUCUUUACUAAAUUGUGGUUAUCCUCGUCCCACUCAUUGCUAGGAGAUUACGAUGUGUUAUUUAUAUUAUAUGAAUAGUUACGGGGCUUAGCUUGUUAAGAAUAAAGUUACCAACCGAAUAAAUAGUUAUCUACCGUUCUGGAAAGUUAGUUACUAAACGAUUUGACUGUUGGUGAAAAGUCAUGGAUGGUUCAAUUCGUUUUAUGUGUACUAUAUAAAAAUAAAUGUCAUGUUACAUAUUUAUUAUCUAUCAAA